UGGAAGCGGUGGACGUUGCUUGUGCAGGAUUACAAAUCGAUCUACCUCACGACAAUAACAUCCUCCUCGGAGUCUCCAGUCCUCUCUCUGUCUGUGAAGGGGCAGAAUGGAGGGACCACCAUGGCCCAAAGGGAAGAAACUGGUGCACCUGGAUUUGAAAGGUGCCCCCCCGAGGGUAGAAUACCUGCACAGGCUGAUCGAGCUGUUCUCUCAGCUGGGCGCAGACGGCCUGCUGGUGGAGUACGAGGACAUGUUUCCUUAUGACGGGGAACUGAAGCUGCUGCAGGCCACAGCUCAGCCUGCUUACAGCCGGGAGGAGGUCCUGUCAAUGCAGGAAUUUGCCAAAUCUAAAGGGAUGGAGGUCGUCCCCCUUGUGCAGACGUUUGGCCACAUGGAGUUCGUGCUGAAGCAUCGGCCCAUGUGGAUCCUGAGAGAGACGGCGACCUGCGUGGGCACCCUGAACCCCCACCAAGAGGACGGCGUGAGGCUGGUGAUGGAGAUGCUGAGGCAGGUGGUGGAGCUGCAUCCGGACUCGACUGCGCUGCACAUCGGAGCAGACGAGGUGUUCAUGCUCGGCGAGGGGGAGGAGUCCAAGCUGCGGUUGGCCUCUCCCGGAUUUACGGUGGAGCAGCUUUUCCUAAAUCACGUGACCAAGGUGGCCCAGGCCAUCAAGGAGGCGUGGCCACACCUGACCGUCAUCAUGUGGGACGAUAUGAUGAGAGGCAUGAGCCAGGACACACUGAAAGCCAGUGGCCUCGUGGGAUUGGUCCAGCCCAUGUUGUGGGACUACAGCCCUAAUCUGGACGUGGACACAACCGUGUCUCUGCUGGAGAAGUACAGCGCGGCCGGCAUGUCCGACCUGUGGGCGGCCAGCUCCUUUAAGGGCUCCACCUGUGUCUACACCUGUGUGCCCAGCACGCAGAGACACGUGGAUAAUCACGUGCAGUGGCUCAAGGUGGCCGCUGCUGUGUCCGCCGCCGUCAACCUGCAGGGCAUCGCCAUCACAGGCUGGCAAAGGUAUGACCACCUGUCGGUGCUGUGCGAGCUGAUGCACGUGGCUCUCCCGUCGCUGGCGGCCUGUCUCCAGACGCUCCGCCACGGGGGGUUCAGCACCGAGGCUCAGGGCAAAGUGGCCGAGGCGCUGGGCAUCUCCUCGGUGGAGGCCGAGGCCAUCGGGAGGACGACGGCGGACGAGUCGCUGUUCCCAGGACGGAGGCUGGCCGAGUUAACCGUGGAGCUCGAUUCGCUGCUGAACUCCGACGACGUUCGGUUUUUUGAAAACAACAUGUUUUGUAGAGGUUGGUUCAGCCCCCACCACCAACAGAGGAAGAUGGUGAGCCCCCUCAUCGCCAUGCAGAUUCACAGCCAAGCGUCAACGUAUUUGACGGUGCUACAAGAGAAAGCGGCGGCCGUGAGAGAGGAGAUGGUGCGGCUCUACCCGGAGGCGACUGCCCGGGAGUGGAUCGAGGAACACGUGAGCCCCGUGACGGCUCCUCUGCAGAGGAUCACGGAGGACAUCAGAGCGUGUGUCGGCGAGAUGGUGCCCGGCAACAUGUUGCCAGUUUAGAAUCAAACUGCUACUUAGUCACAGGAGUGACUUAUGUGUAAAUAUGUGCUAAUUGCACCAAUUGUAGCAAUGACAACAACAAAAAAGGAAACUGAGUUUAAAAUCAAAUAACUUUUAUAUAAUUCCUCCAAAUGUAUCAAAAUAAACAGAGGCAACAAAAUCAGCCUGCGAAAAAAACAACCUC